UAUUCUGGGUCAGUUAAAAACUCAACUUUUUGGUCCUCUCCCUCCAGUGUUUGCUCCAUGAAUCAUUCAUUUUCUGUUUGCAUUUCUUAACCAGGGAUCAAGGCAAAUGGCUUUCAUGGCACUGAUCCUGUAUCUCUAUAAAAAAAAAGUUGUCCUCUCGGGCAUCAACCUGUGUGUCUGAGGAAGGGCUUUUCUGAUAUAAACUCAGCAGAGCUCAGAAGUGGUGAGGUGGGGAAGUCAAGUCUUAGUGCAGCCCAAAUGGAGCUGCUAUCCAUUGCUGUUUUUAUUACGGUGCUGUUCUCCUCUAAUGCCCAAAGCCAACCCUCUGUGGUUUCUGCAAACUGCAGUGAUGUAGAAAUAGAAAAAGAUGCAGAGCUGGCCCUCGACUUGAUCAAUAAGCAUCGCAGAGACGGGUACAUUUUCACUCUGUUACGUAUCGCCGAUGCUUACAUACAACAUGUGAGCAAUGCAUCCAUCGUGUACCUCACUCUGGAUGUGCUGGAGACAGAAUGCCCUGUAUUAUCCAGGAAACACUGGUCAUCUUGUAGGCACCGAGACUUCUACCCCAAUACGGACUUUGGGCAAUGUAAAGCUGUCGUGUCUGUAGACCGAUUUUUCAAGAGAGAGAAGCUGUAUGGAUACAACUGCACCGUGAGCCCAGUUCCGCCACAAUUAUUUGAGUGCAAGCGCUGUCCGGUAAAAGUAACACUCUUAGAAGAUACUGAAGAGUACUCAGACAAAGCUAAGAAAAUCUUGGAGAGAUACCUACAGGAAAGCAAUGGAACACGCUAUUUCAAGGUGGACAAAGUUCAAAAAGUCUUUAGUGCGGUAGCUGAUCGUACGGCAUAUGUCGUUGAAUUUACCAUAAAGGAGGCCACCUGCCCCACCACUACUCAUCCAAGAAAUGCAUCAGAAUGUGAAUUUCUACCAGACAGAUAUGCGCACAUGGGAUUCUGUAAAGGGAAAGUAGUUAAAGACACAAAAGACCCUGAUGGCGUUGAAGUACAGUCGUGUGAAAUCUACGAUGUUCACGGAAAGUUUGAUAGGUUUCCCUUCCACCAUCGCCAUCACUUCCACCAUGGUUCAGGAGAACGCCAUCAUCAUUGCAGCAUGUCUGAGAAUGAAUGCAGAUUUCCACCACCUCAUCCUCACCACCAUCAUCCUCACCGCCAUCAUCCUCACCGCCAUCAUCCUCACCACCAUCAUCCUCACCACCACGACCAUGGCCACGGUUCUAGUUAUCCACCACCUCCUGACCAUGAGCACCAUGGACUUUCAGGGUUUGUAGACCACCACAAUUCCUCUCACCAGGACAAAAAAGAACAUCCUGACUUUCCCCCUCCUGCUGGACCUCGUGACCCUCCUCCACCCGCUGGUUGCCCACAUCAUCUUCCUCCUAGUAAAUAUCCCCCACCUCCUGUUGGGCCUCCACCUCCCCCACCUCCUCAUAGACCACAUAGACAAUCAUCUCGGUUGGUUCACAAACAUGGCCGUCAUGGCCACCAUCAUGAUCAUAGGUGUAACAAUGCCUCAAAUGAAAGAGGAGUAGGAGACUCCUCAGAAGAGCAGGAUUCAUUCAGAGAUCACCAUUCUCCCCAUCACAGCAAAAUUGAUUCAAUCUAUCAUAUUCCAGUUUUGAGUCAACAUGAUGUCCUUCAAGCUCCUGGCGCAAAUUUUCUGAGCCGUCCAGACAGUUCACAUGGAAGGCACAAGGAGCCCACUUUGCCUGGCAGACAUGUUCAUAAGAAACCAGUAGUUCAGCCUUUCCCAGAGGUCCCUUCAGGAUCAAAGUCAUGCCCAGGGAAGCCCAAACAUGAGUCUCCACCAGGCCUUUUGUCUUUAUAUCCAUCAUAAUCUACAGAGUGAAAUGCAUUUCCCUUAAAUGAAAAUGUCUGUAAUGCAUAAAUAUAUAACUCUGUUGACUUUAGUCAUGUGGUUAUACUUCCCAUGAGCUGUCACCUAGAAAAAUAAAAGAUCUAUAUACAGAAAA